CAGUAUUUUGAUCCUUUUUUUCAGGUUUUCGAGAAGCUUUCAUUGACACAUCCGACGAGCUGCGAUAGCACACUGCUCAUGACGCCAAACACAAAUGGACUGAUUAAAACAAACAGAGAUGGUUCAGCGACAAUGUCGUACACGAUCCUGGGCGACCCCCAGUCAGCCAUUAUCUCUGUGAACCAACAGGGUGUGGUGACAUCAGGUGAAAUUCUCGGUGAGGUGUCUGUACUUGUUGUUGCGCUUGAACGAUUUGGAUUGAACCAGUCGACAAUUGUUCUUGUAAAGGUAAAGUUGGAAUUCAUACUACCUGAAUGAAAAUAUUGAUUGUUU